AUGGGAGUGCUACAUUUAAAAUUGUUAAAGCUUUUCUUAUUGACCACUGCUUUAUCUGAGAUUUGUGCCGCUCAAAAUGACAUUACUUUGUCGGUGUAUACGGUGACCUCUAAAAGUAUGACCGUGCGUUGGAGUGGUCACUCUGGUGCCAGCUCGUACAAAAUCACUGCCACACCGAAAAAUUCACCGGAGCCAUCCGUCUUCGCGCAAUUCAGCGGCAAUACCGUCAUGGGCUCCGUUAAUUCACUGUCUCCAAAUACUGUGUACACCAUGCGCGUGGAGGCCAUGGAUAACGCGGUCAACGUGCUGAGCAGCGCAGAGACGGAGGAAACCACAGCGCCUGAGGUCCCAUCCAUUGAGCAGGCGUACUCCAAACACAGCGACAGCAUCACGGUUGAAUUCAAUGAGGUUCCUGGCGCCACCGAUUACAUCCUACGAGCUCAAACAUUCGACGGGUUUUUCUCUGAAACAUUAGUAAACAGCUCUCCCGGGACAGUGCUUAACUUGCAGCCCUACACCGACUACACCCUCAGCGUUAUGUCUGUUAACAGUGGAGGGAGAAGCCAACCUUCUCUACCCGUAGAGGCAAAAACAGUGGUGGUUGCCCCAGCUCUCAACGCCAGUUCUCCCAGUAAUGACACCAUCGUAGUGAGCUGGGAGCCAGUGGAACAUGCAGUUCUAUACACCCUGUGUAUCAUCAUGCAGGGCUCAGAUACCAGGACCAAACUCAAUACCACAGAGACCACCGUGACCUUCAGCGACCUUGAGCCUGGAACCAAUUACAGCAUCAAGGGCACUGCCUGGGACCCUGACGGUAACCCGGGCGAUGACAUGACAGUCUACCAGAUCACACGUCCUCCUAUCCCAGCGGAGGUGCAGAUAUCCCUGAUGCCGGGGAGGUCGUUGGGUCUGGUAGUGUUCUGGGGCAGCGUGCGCGGGGCGGACGGUUACGUCGCUCAGAGCUCCAACGGUCAGAACUGCUCCUCCACCAUGGAGACCUACUGUGUCAUCAGUCCGCUGGGCUGUGGGCAGAACCACACCAUCACGGUCACGGCAGAGAACCAGGCCGGGCCCAGCGAACCCUCCACCCCUGAAGACCAGCUCACCUACCCCUGUCCUCCUGACUUUAUCUGGGUGGAGGAGCCAACGCCAGGCAACUGUUCGGUGGUGUGGUCCACGGUGCCGUGGGUGGAUUACUACAUCGCCUACGUCAAGCGGGACGACGGGGCAGAGGAACGCUGCAACACCACUCACACCUCCUGUCAUUUUCAGUGCAUGUGCGGCUACACCUACCUCACCACCGUGUUUGCCUACAACCAGGCUGGAUCCAGUCCACCUGGCCCUGUGGUCAACUACACAACCAUCCCAUGCUGUCCAGAGGACGUGUCUGUGCUGUUGGUUUCCACGGAGACACUGGAGAUAAUGUGGUCCGCGGUGCGAGGGGCGGAGCUGUACGAGACAAUCGCGGCGGACCAGAGUGACGUCAUCCACUGUAACGACACGGCGCCCGUGUGCGCCCUCUCUGACCUCACCUGCAACAGUGUGUACAGUGUGGUGGUCAGGCCAUGCAGUGACCUACGGGGCUGUAACAACACCUGCAGAGCACACACACAGGAGACCGCUCCUUGUAGUCCUCAGAUCAUGAAUGUGACCCAGACUAACUCCUCCAGUGUGCGUGUGUACUGGAGAGCCCCUAACACUCAGGCUAACUACACUGUGACCCUCGUGGGUCGAUCUGACACACACACCUGUCACUCCCGAGGGACGUCCUGCGACAUCUACAGCCUGCCCUGUGGCUCCACCUACGAGGCCAGCGCCUACGCCACCACCUCCGUGGGGCGGAGCCUCCCCAGCUACACCGUUCCCUUGGAGACAGGCCCCUGCUGUCCAGCGUCUGUCAGCGUUGAACAGGUGACUCAGGCCAUGACAAAUGUCACAUGGUCCGCCGCUGCGGGGGCACGGUCUUAUGUCACCUCGCUGACCUCACCGAGAGGUCACGCCAAAUGUCACACCAUGGACACGCACUGCUUGAUGGGAUGCAUCACCUGUGGAACAAACUACACGGUUACCAUGGAAGCCGUCAGCGCCACGGGACACAAGUCUCAGUGCAGCUACCGCGGCUUCUCUUCCAGUGCCUGCUGUCCGUCCAGCGUGCGGCUUUACCGCAUGGCCAACAACACGCUCCAGGUGUACUGGCGUUCCUCUGGAAACCAGCAUAACUACACCGCAGACCUGUACGGCACCAGUGCCAACUACACCUGCAGCCCCUCGCCGGGCGCCACCGCCUGCGAAGUCUCCGAAAUUAUGUGCGGGGAGGUCUACACCGUUGUGGUUGCCCCGGUAACACGGAACGGUACCAAAGUCACGUUCUGCCCGCGGAGGCUGUACUCAGUUUCUUGUUCAGGGAACAGUGUAGGAAUGGUCAUUUACCGAGGGAAGAGGAGUGUGGACUAG